UCAAAAACUAUUUUUCAUUUUUGUAUUCGCAAUUCAAUAUAGAUGAAUAUUCCGGACAUGAUAUAAAAACCAACAUAACUAACCAUACAUUCCCUAUUUCCAUUUGAUUAAACUCGGGUUAAAGUUUUUCUCUUCCCUUUGGUCCUCAAUUUCUCUUGAUUUUUUGUUUUUCUUUUUUUUUUUUCCAUCAAUGCCAAACAACUGCCAACCUUAACCUUUUGUUUCUCAGAUGCAUCGACUUCAUGACAAACAAGUUUUGCUUGCCAUCUUGAUUUUGCACGUGUACCUUUCUGUUCGGUUUCUCUCACGUUUGUCCCCUACUCUUCCCGUACUUUCUCUCUAUAAUUCACACGUUGUCCAAUGUUUCUCUUCCACUGUCGUGCUUAAUCCACUUUCGUGUGAUUAUUUGCUGCUUACCUGAAAAUAUGCUCCCCCUCAUAGUUGUGGACGUUAAAGAGCCUAAAGGCGCCUUCUCUUCCAUGCAAACUGUAAAUAAAUUCUAUGUGGCGGUGAUCUGCUGCGAAAUGAUGAGCGAAGGUGAAGCAUCAACACAGUGGCAGCCGAGUCCACGGGCCGCCAGGAGACGUAGAAUGGAUAUUUGACGGAUUAAAUUCGUGGACAUGGCCCCAUCGGAGGCUGAGAAAGGCCGGAAACGCCAGAAGCUCCAAGUUUACGCAGCCUCAUUUUCUCUAGACUGUGAAAACGCUGAAGAUAAUUCUGCCUCCUAUGAAGACGAUGAAAAGCAAACGGUAAAAGUUAAAAAUGGAAGAUCGAAAACGAAAGGAAUAAUUGUGAAAAGUCACUCGACUCCCUCGCGUUUGAUACCUGUAAUUAAUUCCGAGUUAUAUCAUAAACUCGGUGUCGCUUCGGUUUGUGGAAGGCGAAGAGACAUGGAAGACGCCGUCCCUAUUCACACGUCGUUUCACCGCCAAGGCCAGGACUCUGCCGCCAUUUACUUCCACAAUUUUGGCCUCUACGAUGGCCACGGUUAAAUCUAACAAUUUAAAACGUAAUAUGAAUAAGUUAUGAAAAAUAUGAUACAAAAAAUAUUUUAUACGAGACUGCUUAAUAUUAUUAAGCAAUAACA